GAUCGAUAGUCGUCUGGCUGUUGCGACUUCCACGGUUGCGGUUCCAGACAGUGGCGGUUCCAAGAGGACGAAGGAGUGGUUGAGUAUUACGACGAAUCGUAACCUUCGGACUGGCUUUGAUGCUCCUUGAGUAACCGGUUUCAACGUAUCAUCGACAUAUUAUACUCAUCUUCGAAGAUGGGUUCGCUCUUCCGUAGUGAGGAGAUGACCUUGUGUCAGUUGUUCUUGCAAAGUGAAGCUGCUUAUGCCUGUGUUUCUGAGCUCGGUGAGCUUGGUCUUGUACAGUUUCGUGAUUUAAAUCCUGACGUUAACGCCUUCCAACGUAAAUUCGUCAAUGAAGUACGUCGCUGCGAUGAAAUGGAACGCAAGUUGCGCUACCUUGAGAAGGAAAUCAAGAAGGAUGGGAUCCCGAUGUUGGACACUGGUGAAAAUCCAGAGGCGCCACAGCCCCGAGAGAUGAUCGACUUAGAAGCAACCUUUGAAAAAUUGGAGAAUGAACUUCGAGAAGUAAAUCAGAAUGCGGAAGCACUGAAACGUAAUUUCUUGGAGCUGACUGAGCUGAAGCACAUCUUACGAAAGACUCAAGUCUUCUUUGAUGAGGCUGAGCAUGGAGGUGUCGUGUCGCAGAUGGCAGAUCCCAGCCGUGAGGAAGAACAAGUUACUCUGUUGGGUGAGGAGGGCCUCCGCGCCGGCGGCCAGGCUCUUAAGCUCGGUUUCGUCGCGGGAGUUAUUCUGAGGGAACGUAUCCCUGCGUUCGAGCGCAUGUUGUGGCGUGCGUGCCGUGGAAAUGUCUUUCUGCGUCAGGCGGAGAUCGAGACUCCCUUGGAAGAUCCUUCGACGGGAGACCAGGUGUACAAGUCGGUCUUCAUCAUUUUCUUCCAAGGUGAUCAGCUGAAAACUCGCGUGAAAAAGAUCUGCGAAGGUUUCAGGGCGACUUUGUAUCCCUGCCCGGAAGCACCGGCUGAUCGCAGGGAGAUGGCCAUGGGCGUUAUGACACGCAUCGAAGACUUGAACACUGUCUUAGGACAGACGCAGGACCAUCGUCAUCGUGUUCUCGUAGCUGCUGCAAAGAAUAUAAAAAACUGGUUCGUCAAGGUUCGCAAGAUCAAGGCAAUCUAUCAUACUUUGAAUCUUUUCAAUUUGGAUGUCACUCAGAAGUGCCUGAUUGCUGAGUGUUGGGUACCUGUUUUGGACAUCGAGACUAUCCAAUUGGCUCUGAGACGGGGAACGGAGCGCAGUGGAAGUUCCGUACCUCCCAUUCUAAAUCGUAUGGAAACGUUCGAAGAUCCGCCGACGUACAACCGCACGAAUAAGUUCACGAAAGGCUUUCAGGCAUUGAUCGACGCUUACGGAGUCGCCUCUUAUCGCGAGAUGAAUCCUGCACCUUAUACCAUCAUCACGUUCCCAUUUCUGUUCGCGAUAAUGUUUGGCGACAGCGGCCAUGGUCUCAUUAUGUUUUUGUUUGGUGGCUGGAUGGUACUGAAGGAGAAGCCGUUAGCGGCCAAGAAGAGCGACAACGAGAUCUGGAAUAUUUUCUUUGCCGGCCGUUAUAUCAUCUUCCUCAUGGGUAUAUUCUCCAUGUAUACUGGUCUCAUUUACAACGACGUGUUCUCCAAGUCGCUCAACAUUUUCGGCUCCAACUGGGUCGUGAAUUACAAUCGUAGCACCAUAGCGACCAACAAGGAACUACAGCUGAAUCCGAGUACGGAUGAUUACAUCGACUAUCCGUAUCCGUUCGGCAUGGAUCCUGUAUGGCAGUUAGCUGAGAACAAAAUCAUCUUCCUAAACUCAUACAAGAUGAAGAUCUCCAUUAUCUUUGGCGUGUUGCACAUGCUGUUUGGUGUGAUGGUCGGCCUGUGGAAUCACAUGUACUUCAAGAAACGCAUCAACAUUAUCUGCGAGUUCAUACCCCAGGUGAUCUUUCUCAUUCUGCUCUUCUUCUACAUGGUGUUGCUCAUGUUCAUCAAGUGGAUCAAAUACGGGCCGAAGAACGAGCUGGCAUCUAGUCCGGGCUGCGCGCCUUCAGUCCUCAUCACCUUCAUCAACAUGGUCCUCUUCAAGCCCGCUACUAAAGUCGGCAAUUGCGAUCCCUAUAUGUACGGCGGUCAGGGCGGCCUACAGAAGUUUCUGGUAAUCUUGGCUUUGCUCUGCGUACCGUGGAUGCUGUUGGCAAAGCCAAUCAUGAUGAUGCGCAGUCGUAAGAAGCAGCAUUAUCAGCUCAACAACCACGGUGCCGAGAACGGCGAUGUGGAAGGCGGUAUGGGAGCCUUGCAGGCAUCCGGUGGCGUUACUCAAGCUGGUGGCGGCGCUGGCCAUAAGGAGGAAGAGGAAGAUAUGAUGGAAGUAUUUAUUCACCAAGGUAUUCAUACCAUCGAAUAUGUUCUCGGCAGCGUGUCGCACACCGCGUCCUAUUUGCGUCUUUGGGCCUUGUCUUUGGCCCACGCCCAGCUGUCCGAGGUCCUGUGGAUCAUGGUGAUGAGAAACGGCCUGGCAAGAGAGGGCUGGGACGGCGGUAUUAUCCUUUAUGUUGUCUUCGCCUUCUGGGCAGUGCUCACCGUGGGCAUUCUUGUACUCAUGGAGGGUCUCUCCGCGUUCUUGCAUACGCUACGUUUGCAUUGGGUAGAAUUCCAGAGCAAGUUUUACGCUGGUUUGGGCUACAGCUUCCAGCCGUUCUCCUUCGAGAUUAUUCUAGACGCUGCGCAGGCUACUACUGAAGAUUAAUUUAAUAAUAGACGUUAAUUGACGAUCGUCGCUGAUUACCAGUAGAAGCUUGACGAGGUCAUAAAUUCGAUAGUUACUCCUUUAAACAAGUCAGUUAUGAAUAACUGAAUAAGACAUCUCUUUUUGAUGAACAUAUAUAUAUAUAUAUAUAUGUAUGUAGUGUAUUAAUUCGAUCAUUAUGAUCUGUCCAAGUGCAGAGUUAUAUUCGCCAUUGAUAUAUUUUUGUUCUUAUUACCAUUAAAUUGGUAUGAAACGUUGAUUGUUUAUUUGUCUCUAUUAUUUAAUAUACAAAUCUCACAACUUUAAAAAGUGUUAUUCGAGCGGUGCGAAAUUUACUCCGCACACUGUAGAAUCCGUAGAUCUGAAAACAUAUAUACGUUACGAAAGCGACAGUCGAUUGAUGUUGUUCCGUCUGUCUGUGCAUAAUAAAGAAUGUGGCAAAUUGAAGAAAAA